AAUCCCAUCCAAGAACAGUUGAAAUAUGAUUUGAUUGAAGUAAAGACUUGAAAUAUAUUUUGUUUAUUUGUUCCAUCUCAUUCAAACAUUCCAUUUUUUGUUAAACUUCUUCUCCGUUGAUUCAGAGUAGAGCAACUUCUCUGGCGAUUCUUCUGCUUCCUUUGUUUGGGUCUUUCAGAAACAACCUCUCUACCUCCACGAGGUAGGGGUAAGGUACGUGUACACUCUAUCCUUUCUAGACCCCACUUUGUGGGAUUUCACUGGGUAUGUUGUUGUUGUUUACCUGGCAAUUGCAGCUGUAAACUAGGUCAUUAGAAGUUUGUCAGAGAUGAGGGAUGUCAAAGACCAAAUAGAUGGAGCAGAAAAUUCAAUGCCAUCUUCCAAACAGGAAGAGGAAGUUGUUAAAAAUAAAUAUGGAGGAAUCAUGCCUAAGAAACCACUUCUAAUCUCUAAGGAUCAUGAGCGUGCUUAUUUUGAUUCUGCUGAUUGGGCUCUUGGAAAGCAAGGCGUAGAGAAGCCUAAAGGGCCACUUGAGGCACUUCGGCCAAAGUUGCAGCCAACACAGCAACAAUCCCGAUACCGCAAGUCUCCUUGUGCUCCAUCUGAGGGUGAAGAUGGAAAUAAUGCCCCAUCUGAGGAUGCUACUGCAAAUGAAUGAGCAGGUGAUUCUCUAGCUUGUGAUGUUCUUUGUUAUAUACAUGUAUGCGCAAUUUCUGUUCAGGAUUAAGAAAACAAUAUUAAGGAUAUAGAGGUGUUUUCAUCUUUAUUUGAGGCAACCAAAUGAGUAUUUGUUGGCUGGUUGAUGCGUUGUAACAUUAACUCUAAGAAUCGCUAUUGCAAGUCUAUCAAGCCUACUCUAGUUUAUUGAUUAUUGAAAAGU